AUGAUUUGGCCUGAAUUCCGACUCCAUUCCAUUGCCUUCGGUACCCGGCACGUGAUCACGACAGUCUUGUCACUCAACAACCUUUGGCCUCAGAAUCUGUGGCUCCAUGCACUCACUCGCGCUGUCAUCGUGGUAGGGACCAUCCAGGUCGCAUCCAUCAUUACCAAGAAGUGGGGUUGUCGAGAAAAGAGAACCACAAAUGCCAUGCCAUACCCCAAAUCAGUGACUCCGGAACAAGAGCAGGAGGUCAAAUCUGGGUACACACGAGCCCAGUUUUCCGCUACCAAGGCGUGCCAGUUGCCGGAUGCUACCAUGAACUUUGCUCCCUUGCUGGGGAUUCAAAUGGCACCCUUGCUCAUGACGCUCGUGAGAAAAGGCAAGGCCACAAGUUACACCUAUCAUCGAGUGUACUCGGCGAGUCUGUUCCUGGGAUACGUUAUGGUCUUCAUCCGAAUGAUCAUGGAGCCCCACCUGGCUGUCGUGGCCUUUGCCGUCAUGAGCUUGCCCACAUCCAAAAUCCGCAAAUACACAUCUCCAGUGGUCUUGGGAGUUGUUCAGGUGUUCUUUAGCAUGAUUGUCUGCCCUCUACUUAUCAACCCAUUUCUCGAAAUGUUCAUCUCAGAUGCCAACCAAGAUCUCAUUUCAAGGCUUGCCUUGAUUGCCGCGGUUGUCACUUGUGCCAGGCAAUGUGAGUACUACAGGCCUCUUUUUAUGGCAACCGAAUCAUCUGCAUCCAAGCAACUGUCGAUGUCAAAUGAUGCAGGUGGUCUCUCGUUUACCAGUGGCAUUGGCAAUGCCGCCGAGUUUGUGUUCCCCCUUGCCGCCAUUCUCUAUGUCGGUGCACCGAAGCUCAUGUCCAUGCUCCAAGAAUACAGUGAACAUGGUCUGCAGACUGAGCUCUAG